AUGGCAGACUCUGAGCUACGGAAGGCUGCCAAGCCUGGCAAGGCAUGUCUGGGCUGCUAUCGUCGCAAGCUGAAAUGCUCACAGGAGCAGACAGGUUGCACUAACUGCGUCAAGGCCAAUUUGCCCUGUGUGUUUCCUACGGCUGACCAGGGUGUCAAGCGCAAGCGAGGGCCCUAUAAGAAGGAUAAGCCACCUCGAGAACGUCAUCUGGAGCAUCUGGUCAAGUAUCUGAAGCCACAAGAUACCUCGACCGGAGCGGCCCAGUCUGGUAUGGACUCGACGACUGUGGGCGACUCCACGCUGCUCAAUGGGAAUGGGAAAAGCAGGAUUAAUCUUGCUCGUGUGCCGGCGGAUAAACCAUCAGCUUCCGAAGAUCUUGUCAAGGAUGCUCUUAUUGCCUUGACACAGACGUCCUUGGAUCAGGGACCAACGUUCGAUAGCAAAGACAGAGCCGAAUCACCCAUCUGUAUGUCUCAAGCUGUACCCGCCUGCGGGCCUCUCGAGGGACUUGAUCUGACACCUGCUCGUUUCGCACAGUACUGGCAGCUCUAUCAAGCUCGUGUGGACCCAGUGACGAAGCUGUUACAUUGUCCUACUCUGGCUUCGGCAUUCUUUAGCCAUGUCUCCGAGCUGAGCACACUGAGCCCGGACACGCAAACUCUGAUCUGUAGCAUUUGCUUUAUGGCAGUCGGAACAUGUACUGUGAAGGAGGCAGAAAAGCGUUUCGGUGAACCUCGUGAGAGUCUUUUGCGACGUUACAGCACGCUCGUCGAAUCCUCGUUCGCAGACGAUAGUGGUACGCCAAGCCUGGAGUCUCUACAAGCCCUCGUCUUGUACAUGAUUGGUAUUCGACGCAAGGACGACGCCACCUCGAUAUCAGCAUUAUUCGGUCUCGCAAGGCGAUUAGUUCAGCACCUGGAACUCAAUGAAGAUCCUGGCACGUCACAUAUCCCUCUGGAGGCUGAGCUACGCCGACGGCUGUGGUGGCAUUUGUGCUCGGUCGAGUUUCGAGCCGCAGAAGAGUCUAGUGUGCGCACGAAGAGCAUCAAGGACGGGUCAGGCGUUAGGCUACCAGGUAAUUACAGCGAUAUCGAUCUCAAUAUCACGACUGCAGAACCUCCGGAACCCUGUAUAGGCAGGUCUGACAUGACACCUGUCCUGCUGCGAUGGGAAUGCCAGAAUAUGGUUCAUGAACUCUGGAAGGCGAAGAGACCACAUAAUAUCGGCAGACUCGCGCUUACUCAACAGGAAAUCACGGCAGCGCAGACUCGCAUGUUCCGCCAGACAGAGGCCCGACUCGAGCGAGACUACGUGCGGUAUCUGCACAAAUCACGUCCGAUUGACUGGUGGGGACUCACAUACCACGAAUUACUAUUCGUCAAGGUCAGGAUGAUGAUUAAUCACCCUUUCAGCCAGGUUCCGACCAAAGACAUGAGUAGCCUAGAGCGCUCUCAGAUCCUGCAGUCAUCUGUAGCUAUUAUCAAUCUCACACACAGAAUGGUCACAGACCCGAGGGUAGAAGUAUGGCAUUGGUACGGUCGAGGCUAUGUACAAUGGCACUCACUUGCAAUCGUAGUGGCAGAACUCGGACGCAUCAAGAACAAAGUAUUCGCGAGCAGCGCAUGGGCUGUUCUAGAUCCCAUCCUGGCUGACUGGGAUACACUGUACAGUCAGAAGAAGGAGGAGCCUGCAUGGGUCCACGUCAAUGCAUUGAUCACGCGUGCGCGUCAGCUGCGUGAUGCAGAUGUCAGGCCUACGAAGGACAGCGGAAACACUGCCGAGCUAUCCUCUGAUCAUGCUACCAGCAUGACCAGUAAUCCAUCCAAACAAUCAAGACCCAGUGUCCCGAAUUCGUAUACUCCAGCUGGUUCCGACAUGUCGACAAACCAAAAAUUGACUGAUCCGGCGUUCCUGCCAGAUAUAUACGACCUGUCUGCGCCAGGCGCCUUAGCCUUUGCAGCACAGCAAGAAAUGACUCCUCUGUCUUUGCACGAACAGGACGGUCAUUACAGUGGAUUCUCUAUAGAUCCGCCCGCGUUCGACAUGGACAUGGACCUGGCAUCCUUCGAUCAGCUGGAUCACAUUGACUUCUCUGCGUUCGACGCGGUGUUUGGUGGAGACCUGUGGGACUUUGAGAACUUGCAAGGCGCAUUUGUGACACAUUGUCCAGACAUGAUGUCGUCGGGCUUGGCUUAA